ACUGGGGUCUUUCAUCCUAGCAGACAUCAUGACGAUUGGAAGAAGACGAUUUCUGCAUUGUUCGUAUACAGAUGUGGGUGGUGAACUGGGCGAUUCUGGUGGGCACGGUUCCCUCGUUGCAGUUGGCGAGUCGGUGUCUAUUGUGACAUCCGCAUGGGCUGAACACGUUUCUGAAGCCAUGACUGCAUCCUCGUCCAUGCCAAACGUCAGGAUAUCAUUCACUAUUGUCUCCGAUGUCGAAGAUGUUGGGCUGCUUGGCAUCGACACCUUUGAUGUGAUAUGCAUGCUUGGCCAUGGACUCACCAAAUACAAUGUUCCCCUAGCCAUUCCGUCACCAUUCUCCAUAUUCAUACCUGGGACCCGUACUUUUUCUGAGGUAACUCAGUCUUAUAUCUCGGGAGGAUGGGUUUUGGUUAGAUGUGGUAUUCAAGCAUUUCAUGAUGGUUUCAGCAUACUUGCGGAGAACCGAUAUCGAUCAUAAUGAUAUCUCUGUCUAAGGUGGGUAUCCGCGUAUUUUUAUCUUCCUCCCGAGCAUCCCAAUAACGCCUCAAUGAUGGAAAACUACUGAUAGACUACUGAAAAUUUGACUAGAGCACUUGGUAGACGCUCAGUGCUCGUCUUUGGCGCGCCAGGUCAGUCCUUGCUUGAACGACGUCGGGAUCCAUCAUGUCCAUGAUUUAGACGUGUUCAAGGAAGGCAGAAACAUUUACUUUCUCUGGAACAGCGAAAAUUUAGAGCACUUUCUCGGAGCGCAGUACAGGUUUAUGCUUUGUUCUGAGUAAACACAGUUUCUGGGGACUUGACAAUUCGAUAGGGGGAUGCAAUUGUCCCCUACCAUUGCAUCACAGUAGUAGCUCGCAAUACUGUCCCAAAUUUGACAAAUUUGUUUUAAA